AAUUCAUCCUUCAAAUUUAGAUUAAACAUCAAUACAACAUUAGCAAAUGCCCAAACAAAGCCUAACCAUGAAAUGGUUGCCAUAGACGAAAACCCAUUUCCGCUUAUUUCAACUGAUCAAUACUUCUCUUCUUCUGAUCUUGAUAAUUUUUUCAGCUGGGAAUAUAAUUGGCAAUACGAUCAAUAUUUGCCGGUUGUUCAAGAGAGCUAUCUUCUUGAUCCUGUUCCUUUAAUGGAAUAUUAUCCAACAAAUCCAUUAUAUUCAACAGCGGGACUCGAUCCCAUAAUCCAUGAUGAGUUUUUAUCCAACAAUGGAAAUAUUGGGUUUGGAAUAUGGGAGGAUUUUGGGCCUCUUGGGUUUGAGCCCAAUAGUCUUGAUGAGGUCAAUAAGGAGCCAUUCUCAGUGUGCAGUAAUAUUGAUAGUAAUUAUGGAGAUCAUGGAAACGGAAAGGACAAAACAAAGAAAGAGAGGCAAAUGUUUAAGAGGUCAUAUAGAUCAUCAGUGGUAAUAUCAGAAGAGAAGAGCAGCGGUACUAGUAGUUCAAAAAGGUUGUCAAGGCAAGUAUUAUCACAGUAUUAUUACAUGCCUAUAACCCAAGCCGCUAAAGAACUAAACGUAGGCUUAACUCUUCUGAAAAAAAGGUGUAGAGAAUUGGGUAUUAGCCGUUGGCCCCAUAGGAAGCUUAUGAGCCUCCAAACCCUUAUCAAGAAUGUUCAGGAUUUAAGGAAUGGAGAAAGCAGUGAGGAAAACGAUUCAAGGUAUAAACAGUAUAUAGAGUUAUUGGAGAGGGAGAAGAAGUUGGUGGAAGAAGUUCCAAAUAUUGAGCUUAAUGACGGUACAAAGAGGCUAAGGCAAGCCUGUUUUAAAAACAACUAUAAAAAGAGAAAGAUGAGGUCGACGAGUGGUUCUGAUUCGGGUUUGAUGAGCAGCAAGAAAUAUUGUAGUAGUGAUGAGAUGCAGGGUGGUGCAGGUAUGACCAAUGAUUUAGACGAUGAAGACGAUGAAAUAAAGUUUCUUUUGUCGGAAUCAUUUUCCUCCACUGAUCUUCACUUAGCUAUAGAGAUCAGUUAG